AUGCAUAGCUCGCACAGCUGGGUGACGAGGCAGCGCCUAACCGAUGUACACGCCUGCGACACUCAACAGGAAGAAGUAUGUCUGGAUACCCCUGUUGCCUUUACUGUGUUUGACCUUUACUGGUACAAUAGCAAGUACACAUUCUUGGUCCCCGGCCCCAGUAUGCCCCAUAUAUGUUCAGAGAAACCAGUCCACUACUCACUAGUGCGUCUGAUGAAUGCUCUGCUGUUCAAUAUGAAGCACACUUGGAUCCAUGCCAGGUCUGUGGAGAACGCUCAGAUGAUCCUGCGGGUGGAUAAUGCCAGAGUUGCAGCUGAUGAUUUCAAGAUGAAGUUAGCGACGGAGGCUAACAUGAGUAUGAAGAUGGAAGGGGAUGUGGCUUGUCUGAGAGGAGACCUGGACAGCUUUACGCUCACCAGAUCUGACCUGGAGAUGCAGAUUGAGGGGCUGAAGGAGGAGCUGGUCUACCUCAGGAGGAACCAUGAGGAGGAGAUGCAGUUGAUGCAGACACAGCAGUGUGGUGCUGUGAAUGUGGAGAUGGACUGUGCUUCCUCAGUGGACAUGAGCAAGGUGCUGGAGGAGAUUAGGACCAUGUCUGAUGACUCCUUGCUGUCCCCAGUCCAUCUGUCCGUGCUGCUGCUUCAGUUUCAACUGUUCUACCUGCGGCUAUGGAACACUGAAAUCCAUGCCAGGUCUGUGGAGAACGCUCAGAUGAUCCUGCGGGUGGAUAAUGCCAGAGUUGCAGCUGAUGAUUUCAAGAUGAAGUUAGCGACGGAGGCUAACAUGAGUAUGAAGAUGGAAGGGGAUGUGGCUUGUCUGAGAGGAGACCUGGACAGCUUUACGCUCACCAGAUCUGACCUGGAGAUGCAGAUUGAGGGGCUGAAGGAGGAGCUGGUCUACCUCAGGAGGAACCAUGAGGAGGAGAUGCAGUUGAUGCAGACACAGCAGUGUGGUGCUGUGAAUGUGGAGAUGGACUGUGCUUCCUCAGUGGACAUGAGCAAGGUGCUGGAGGAGAUGAGGACCCAGUCUGAGGGCAUGGUGACAAAGAACAAGAGAGAUGCUGCCAAGUGGUUCGAGAGCAAGGUAGAGGUGCUUCAGAGCCAGAUCACCACCAGCACCACAGAGUUGAAGACCUCUCAGUCUCAGGUGACCGACCCGAAGAGGACCUUCCAGAGCCUGGAGAUUGAACUGCAUGGCCUGCUCACUCAGAAUGGGUACCUGGAGCAGAGCGUCGCUGAUAUAAACGGCCGCCACGGCUCCCAGCUGAGCCAGCUGCAGGUUUGUAUCAACAGCAUGGAGGAGGAGCUGCAGCAGCUCAACGUCAGCAUCCAGCAGCAGGCCUCCGAGUACUCAUCAAGAUGAGGCUGGAGAUGGAGAUUGCUGAGUACAGGAGGCUGCUGGAUGGAGAGGUAUUCAGUAAGCACUUUCCUGACCUCCAGACAGGAGGUCAGGAAAGUGAUCGUGGUCGAGAAGGUCCAGGAAGUACAACAAGUCCAGGAAGUGGUGGAAGAGUACAACCCACACAUGCAGAAGAGGGUGAUCGUGGAGGAGAUGGUGGAUGGGAAGGUGGUGUCCAUCUCAGUUGAUGAGAAGGUCCAGGAUUUGAACUAACUGAGAAGGUCAGAUAGUUCUGGAAUCUGGUGAAGCGGUAACGGACCACACAUACCCCUGGACCACACAUACCCCUGGACCACACAUAACCCUGGACCACACAUACCCCUGGACCCCUGAUGAUGGGUGUUCAAACCCUCUCUCUCUCUAUAUAUAUAUAUAUAUAUAUGUGUAUGUAUGUAUGUAUGUAUGUAUGUAUGUAUGUAUGUAUGUAUGUAUGUAUGUAUGUAUGUAUGUAUGUAUGUAUGUAUGUAUGUAUGUAUGUAUGUGUGUGUGUGUGUGUGUGUGUGUGUGUGUGUGUGUGUGUGUGUGUGUGUGUGUGUGUGUGUGUGUGUGUGUGUGUGUGUGUGUGUGUGUGUGUGUGUGUGUGUGUGUGUGUGUGUGUGUGUGUGUGUGUGUGUGUGUGUCUAUAUGUGUGUCAUGGUUGCAUACUGUAAUAUGUCCCUUCUGACAGGUAUGCAUCAGCUGAAUGAUAACUGAUGUAAUUUACUCGUGUUCCCUUAUAACUCUCAUAUGGCUCUAUCAUAUGGCGAAUUGAAUGUUAUUUCUAGAAUUUGUAUUUCCUGUUCCAUUCAUUGCCACCAGGUGGCAGGUCUCUCAUUUAAACAUCUUUGGCCAGCCCAAUUAAAAGUGAGUAAAGUGGAAACACAAUAUUACAUUUACAUAAACUGACAUCAGAUGAAAGUAUUACUUGUUUCAUCAGCCAUUUAUAAAAGCCAUUUAGGUAGCCUAGUGGUUAGAGCGUUGGACUAGUAACUGAAAGGUUGCAAGAUUGAAUCCCCGAGCUGACAAGGUAAUAAUCUGUCAUUCUGUAGCCUGAGCAACGCAGUUAACCCGCUGUUUCUAGGCUGUCAUUGAAAAUAAGAAUUUGUUCUGAACUGACUUGCCUAGUUAAAUAAAGGAAAAAAAUGUUCUGUAGGCCUAAUACAUUUGGCUGUUGAUUAAAUAUAGAUGUCAAUGCAUUCCAGCACACUGAUAUCAUAGUUGAGGGUCUGUUGCUGUCCUCUAAAAAGCUGAAAAGAAACACCUUUGCAGAGUGGAUGAGGCCAACACACAUACUGUGCCCUACAUUAUAUGAGCAUAACACUCAUGGGAAUUUCACUUACUCCAACAAGUUCUCAGAGCAGAACGGAUUAUGAUUGGUUGCAUCAGACAACCAAUGGAGGAGGUGGGAGGAGAUGCAGUAUCCCAUCAUUCAGGUCAUGUGGGGCAGACCUGUUUUGUGACCCACAUGUUUUGCUUGCUAGUAAACAAUUUUGCUGCUCUAAGGGAAGUUUGAGUCAACUGGGUCUUCUGCUGCUCUAACAGCAGAACUGUCAGUACUGGCCAUCAACACAGUCGGUACUGGCCAUCAACACAGUCAGUACUCCACAUUCCUCUUCCCCCAUUUUCCUACAUUUAUUUUAUUCCCUAUUUAUGAUGUUGUGAACUUGUGACCCAUGUGAAAUCUACUUAAAGCAAAACUCUUAAAAUAAACAUGAGUACUAACAUGUCA